AUGCGGUUUCUACUGGCAGCAUUGCUCAUAUUAGGCACAAUUGAGGCGGCGAGAAAUUGCAAAAAUCGAUAUGCCGAAGCUCGUGGGGUGAGUCGUUUUUUUGGGGCGGGCAAGGCGAAAAAUCACAAGAAAAAAAAACAUUGGGGGAAAUUUGAUUUGUCACGUUUUGUUUCAAAAAUCGAAUUUUCACCUCCUGGGGAAGCAAAAAACAAGGAGAAAUUGAAAAUUUGAUUAAAAGUGCAAAAAUUUUCUGCACAAUAGGAGGAACUUUUAAAAUAAAAUAAGUUUUCUAAUUUUGUAAAUCUUGAAAUUGCACCACAACUGGCCAGAGAGACUGGUGCAAUUUCAAGAUUAUUGCUAAUUUAAAAUUUGUCUGAUUGGGAAAUAUCUAAAAUUCUACAUUGAAAGUCUGAAAAUCCCGCCUGAACCGCAAAAUUUCAGCCAAUUUCAGAAAAAUUCUGAUUUUGACUGAAAUUUUGGGGUUCUCGCACAGGGGAAUCUAUCGCCAAUUUUUUUUCGAAAAAAAAAACAAUUGAAAAUUCCUCCUGAACCGCAAAAUUUCAGCCAAUUUCAGAGAAAAACUGAUUUUGACUGAAAUUUAGGGGUUUCUAGUAAUUUUAAGCACUGAUCAGAAAAGAAUCUAAUUGUUCAAAAUUGCAAAUCUCGAAAUCAACUCCUAAUAUAAGUUAUGACGUGGCAAAGUUGGAAAAUUUCGAUGUAACCAGCUGAAGGUUUUUAUAAGCUUAUAAAGUCACGAUUUUCCAACUUUGCCACGUCAUAACUUAUAUAUUAGAAGUUGAGAUUUACAGUUCAAAAUCUAUUGGAAAAUCUCAUAUAUUUCAUUAAAAUCCUUAAUUCCAAAGUUUGCUUUCGAAAUAAAUUUCAUAAUUAAAUGUGGCGAAAUAGAAAGGUCACUUUUUAAGUAGAUAAUAAUAAUUUUAUCAGAAAAUUGAAAAAACGGCAUUUCUAAAUAUAUUUGCACGUCAUAAGAACAGGUCUGGAAAUUCAAGAAAUUUUAGAUUUGGGAGAUUUUUUGCGGUCACUUCAGAAAACACGUCAGCAAAGCUUGUUGACGCAUUUUCCGUAGCUACAGAAAGUGUUUUAGCUACCAAAAAUACGUCAACGAAAGCUUGUCCCAAGAACAUUAAAAAAAAAAACACGCCAACCCAAACUCUUCACUGACGCAUUUCUCGAGUUUUUCCAGCGCGACUCGACCCAAGUCUUUCAACAAAGAUACGGUUGCAAAACCGAAUCACAAAUCGCCGAAGAUUAUUGGACGACUGUUGGAUUCGACGGACAAUUGAGAGAUGGACGAACGACUGAUGACUUUUUGCGAUUCCCAGGAGAUCAAUUGAACAAUGCUUUUAUUGGAUAUUGGUAGGGCGAUUUUUGGCGCGAAAUUUUGAAAAUUAGGGCUGAUUCACGAACGAAAAAAAUGUUUUUUUUAACAUCGAAAGAUCAAUUCACGAAAAAGUAAAAAAAUGUCGAAAAAACAUUAGUUUUUCGAGUUUUUCAGUCAAAAAUGAUGACAAAUCGAUAUUUUUCAAGCUUCUGGAGUAAUUUCUGAUUAAAAUUGACCUUGGAAUUCACUUUCCAGAAGGUUUUGCUGAUUUUUCUGAUGAAUUUCGAAAAAAAUUCAUAAAAUAAAGCAAAAUAGGAUUCUCGAAGCUUAUUUUCAUCAGAAAUCACUCCAGAAGCUUCAAAAAUAUCGAUUUGUCAUCAUUUUUGGCUGAAAAACUCGAAAAACUAAUUUUUUUUCGACAUUUUUUGACUUUUCGUGAAAUUUGAUGCAUUUUGAGCCAAAUUCAAAAAAAUCCGAAAAAAUAAUGGGUUUUUGGUGGGAAAAUGGGUUUUCUCACCAAAAAUUUGAAAAAAAGCGGGAUUUUUAUUUGCGAAACCAAUUUUUUCAAAAAAUAUUUGCAGGGAAGGUCCAGGACCAAAAACUUCCGAAUCCGACGAUUCAGGGUAAUUUUAUCGAUUGAAAAUUUUUCACAAAAUCUAACAAAAUGUGUGAUUUAAUCUAUCUAAUGCAUGAUUUUCUAUUGAAAAACUGAUUUUUCCCCCCUGAAAAUCGAUAAUUUCAGGAUCACCCGGUCGAAAUACGGACAUUCUCGACACUACGAGGCUUUUGGACACGUUUUUGUGAAAUCGGAUGGAAGAGUAAGUGCGAAUUGGUUUUCUAGGCCACCAAAAACGUGUUUUUUCUCUUCCAGAUUUGUGGAUGGUUCGUUGGUUUGCAUCACGAAGUGAUUGAAGUUUGCGGUGGAUUCCGAGUUUUGAGCAGAAAUCGCAGAAAUCCACAAGAACCAAUUCCGUGAGUGGGGGUUUUGCGAAAAAAUGACUGAAAAAUGAUGUUUUUCGACAAAAAAUCAUGAAAUUUUCAGAUGUUCCACUGAUUUUCCACCCUAAACCUUCUGAUUUUUGCAGAUUUGAAUGGGUUCAAGGUGAACAAUGGCGUAAUCGUGAUGUUCUCGGGAUUCCAUCACCAUCGAAUCGCCAAAUUCGUCAAUCAAUCAUCGGAAGACGCGUUUUUCGGUGACGCUCAGGUUCAAAACAAGAAAUUCCAAGGAAUUUCACCGAACUCUGAGAAAUUUGUGGAGGUUGGUUUUUUGGCGCGAAAAAUGGAGCAUUUUGAGACCGAAUUUGGCGCCAAAAUCUUGAGUUCAAAAUUUUGGCGCCAAAAAGACGAUAUCUCAGAUUUUUCCCAAUUUGUUUUCCGGCCAAGUUUGUAAAUCUUGAAAUUGCACCAGAACUGGUGCAAUUUCAAGAUAAUUGCUAAUUUAAAAUUUGUCCGAAAAAGAUUGGGAAAUAUCUGAAAUUCUACAUUGAAAGUCUGAAAAUCCCGCCUGAACCGCAAAAUUUCAGUCAAUUUCAGAGAAAAACUGAUUUUGACUGAAAUUUUGGGGUUCUCGCACAGGGAAAUCUAUCGCCAAUUUUUUUUUCAAAUUUUAAAAUAAUAUCUGAAAAUCCCGCCUGAACUGCAAAAUUUCAGUCAAUUUCAGAGAAAAGCUGAUUUUGACUGAAAUUUUGGGGUUCUCGCACAGGGAAACCUAUCGCCAAUUUUUUUUUCAAAUUUCAAAAUAAUAUCUGAAAAUCCCGCCUGAACCGCAAAAUUUCAGACAAUUUCUGAUUUUGACUGAAAAUUUGGGGUUCUCGCACAGGGAAACCUAUCGCCAAUUUUUUUCGAAAAAAACAAUUGAAAAUCCCGCCUGAACCGCAAAAUUUCAGUCAAUUUCAGAGAAAAACUGAUUUUGGCUGAAAUUUUGGGGUUCUCGCACAGGGAAAUCUAUCGCCAUUUUUUUUUUCAAAAACCUCAUUUCCAGGUCAAUGAGCCAGCUGAAUUUUCAUCAAAAGUUUGGCUUCUGAAGAAAAGAUCGCAUCAAUUGCCCCAACAACACCAACAACGACCACAAAACGUGGUGCAACCAUCUGGAGAAGUACGUGCACCAGGUGGCCAAGCCCCACACCAUCAACCCACCUAUUAUCACCAAUAUCACACCCAAACGCACCCAAAAUUAGCAUUGCACCAGCCAAAUAAUAAUAGAAGAGCUUAAAAUGUCUGAAAAUUCCAGAGAAAAUCUGGAUUUGUUUCUAUUUAGCCUGAAAUUUUGUCAUAUUUGUUUUUUUCUAGGAGCGAAAUGCUGCUUUUUUGAAAUGUCCUUCCCUGUAAAUUCCAAUUUUUAAUUUUGUAAUAGACCUGAAUUCCACACAUUGUCCUGUUUUUAGCGGCUUUUUUGAGCGGGAAAUUUGAGAAAAAGAGAUUUUUCUGAAAAGUCUGAAGUUUUCUAGAAAAUCCUAAAGUUUUUCUGAAAAUUCCAGAUUUUCCCCCAACUUUUCCAGCCAAGCCUGGAAAAUCUGAAAAUUCAUCAAAAAUGGUGCAAUUUUUCAGAUAAUUCCUAAUCUUAAACUAGACUGGGAGAAGUUGAGAAAAAUCUGAAAAUUACAGCUGAAAUACGCCUGAACCGCAAAAUUUCAGUCAAUUUCAGAGAAAAUCUGAUUUUGGCUGAAAAUUUGGGGUUCUCGCACAGGGAAAUCUAUCGCCAAUUUUUUUUUCGAAAAAUUUCAAAAUAAUAUCUGAAAAUCCCGCCUGAACCGCAAAAUUUCAGUCAAUUUCAGACAAAAUCUGAUUUUGGCUGAAAAUUUGGGGUUCUCGCACAGGGAAAUCUAUCGUCAAUUUUUUUUUCAAAUUUCAAAAUAAUAAUCCCGCCUGAACCGCAAAAUUUCAGUCAAUUUCAGACAAAAUCUGAUUUUGGCUGAAAAUUUGGGGUUCUCGCACGAAAUCUAUCGCCAAUUUUUUUCGAAAAAUUUUAAAAUAAUAUCUGAAAAUCCCGCCUGAACCGCGAAAUUUCAGUCAAUUUCAGACAAAAUCUGAUUUUGGCUGAAAAUUUGGGGUUCUCGCGCAGGGAAAAAUUUAAAUUUUCAAAUUUCCCGCCGCCUCAAAAGCCCCAAAGUUUUGUAGAUAUCGAUUAUUAUCGCAAUUUUACCAAGUUUUUCAUUCAUUUCAUUUUAUCCCCGAAAAAUUUCGAAUUUUUAAUUUUAAAUGUUGUUGUGCCUAAAAAUGUCCUUCAUUUAGAUAUGCCUAUUUGAGAAAAUUUGAAUUUGAAUUUUCAAAUUUCGCGCCAAAAUUCUUUUUUGUCUUUUAAUAAGUAAAAUAAACGCUUUUUCUCUCAACUUUGUCAACUUUGUGCGUUUUUUUUUUCGACGGGUUACUGUAGCUGUGGAAAAUUAUCGAUUGAUUUUUGAAGGAUGCCGAUUUGCAAACUUAUAACGAUCCACAUGAACAACAACGGAUUGCUCAUAUUAAGAGCUUCCCGUAUUAUGAUGUGAGUUUUUUUGGGCGGGCGGGCGGGAAUUUGAAAAAUUUGAAAUUUUCGGCCACAAAUUUCAAAAAUUUUGAAAAAAAAAUCGGUUUUCACACUUAAAAAUUUGAAUUUUUCCACAUUUCCCGCCUGAAAAUUUUCGCGCCAAAAUUCGCAAAUUCAAAAAAUUUCAAAAUUUUUGAAAAAAAUCAGUUUUCCCACUGAAAAUCAUGAAAAAUCUUCUAAAAAAAAUUAAAAAUUUGAAUUUUUCACAUUUCCCGCCUGAAAGUUUUCGCGCCAAAAAAUUUUUUUGGGCGGGAAUUUGAAAAAAUUUGAAAAAAAUCAGUUUUCACACUGAAAAUCAUAAAAAAUCUGGAAAAAAAAUUAAAAAUUUGAAUUUUUCAAAUUUCCCGCCUGAAAAUUUUCGCGCCAAAAUUCGCAGAAUUCAAAAAUUUUCCAGCAAUACGGUCGUCCUUCCGGUCAUCAUUUCGAUUCCGAACGUCCAGCCUACGAUUCUUACGGUAGACGCAUCCCAUUCCAGGUAAGAAGCCUGAAAAAGCCCAGUAGAAGCCUGAAAGCCUUAGCUCGGCCCUGAAAGCCCAGUUUUUUGCAGACCUACGAUCCAGUUCCAUCACGUGGCGAUCCAGACUAUGCAGAUUGGCUGCGACGACAGUACGAACUUCGGGCUUCGCAAAAUCGGGCCAGGCCUGAUGUUCAGCCUGGAGUUGGAUAUGGACCAGCAUCGGAUUCGAAUUCCUGGGCGCCUGGAAGAUCUGAAGGUCAGGCUGGAAGAUAUUAUCCUAGCUCUGAAGGUCAGGCUGGACAAUCUGAAGAUCGAGAUGAUGUUCCUGAGGUUAGAUAUGGUUCCGAUGAUGGAACUUCAGGACGAGUUGAAGUUCAAACUGGAACGUAUCCUGGAUAUCAGUCGGAAGGUCAAGCUGGAAGAUCAGAUUCCAGAUAUCCAGGUUCCGAAGGUCAAGCUGGACAAUCUGAAGAUCAGCGACGAGUUUCGAAAGAUCAAGCAAGAAAUUAUGAUCCACGAUAUCGUUCAGAAGAUCGAGAUGGAAGUUCAGGGAGAAUUGAAGGUCAAGGUGGAAGAUCAGAUCCGAGAUAUGGAUCGCAAGUUCACCCUGGAAGAUCAGGAGCUUCUGAAGGUCAAGCUGGAAAAUCAGACCCCAGAUAUGGAUCUCAAGUGUAUCCAGGAGCUUCCGAAGGUCAAGCUGGAAGCUCUGAUCCUAGAUAUGGAUCGCAAGUUCACCCUGGAAGAUCAGGAGCUUCCGAAGGUCAAGCUGGGGCUUAUCCAGGUUCAGCUGGUAGUUCAGAAGGUCAAGCUGGAAGAUCAGACCCCAGAUAUGGAUCUCAAGUAUACCCAGAAAGAUCAGGAGCUUCCGAAGGUCAAGCUGGGGCCUAUCCAGGCUCAGCUGGUAGUUCCGAAGGUCAAGAUGGAAGAUCAGACCCCAGAUAUGGAUCUCAGGUGUAUCCAGGAUUUUCAGAAGCUUCCGAAGGUCAAGAUGGAAGAUCAGACCCCAGAUAUGGAUCACAAGUGUACCCAGGAAGAUCAGGAGCAUCCGAAGGUCAAGCUGGGGCCUAUCCAGGCUCAGCUGGAAGUCCUGAUUCAAGAUAUCCAGGCUCAGAAGGUCAACCUGGAAGAUCAGACCCCAGAUAUGGAUCUCAAGUGUAUCCAGGAACUUCCGAAGGUCAAGAUGGAAGUUCUGAUUCAAGAUAUCCAGGUUCCGAAGGUCAAGCUGGAAGAUCAGACCCCAGAUAUGGAUCACAAGUGUAUCCAGGAAGUUCAGGAGCUUCCGAAGGUCAAGCUGGAAGUCUUGAUUCAAGAUAUCCAGGAUCAGAAGGUCAAGAUGGAAGAUCAGACCCCUAGAUAUGGAUCUCAAGUGUAUCCAGGAAGUUCAGGAGCUUCAGAAGGUCAAGCUGAACCAUCCGAUCUUCGACAAGGUUCCUAUCAAUAUCCACAAAAUCAGCCAGGUAUUUUUUCCCGUAGUGAAAAAAACAUCUCUAAUUUUCCAGGAUAUUACUGGCCUUCUGGAGUUCGAAAGCCCGAUUCGGCCCGGCCCCUUCCAGACCAAUCAGCUCAAAAUUUGGUGCCAAAAAUCGAGGAUGAUGGCGAGAUUUUUGUGCCGAAAAAUGCGGAUGAUGAUGAUGAAAAAUAUCGAAAUGUUGAUGUUUACGGGAAUCCGAUUAAUUCGGCCGGGUAACGGGCUUUUCUAGGCUUAGGCCUAACCUAGGCUCAUUCUAACCGCCUCUCAAAUUUGCAGCCCAGUCCGUUUGGCCCGUGUCAAGCCUCAAAUCAUAGUCCGCGAUCGGGCCGGUCGAACCUACAGACCGUGGACCGAUCCGACAACCGGCAAAAUCACCUAUAUCUACGAAUCAAAGUCGGGAAACGAUCGAAACGUCGAACUUCCCGACGCUAUUCUGCCAGACAUCGAGAGACAAUUGGAGGCGCAGAGACGCAGACAGUAUUUGGAGAAUGAGUUGAGAGGAGAGAUUCGGCAAGGUGGAGAGACGCAGAGACAGCGUAAAGGUUGCAAAAAUCGUCUGCGUAUGACUUUUUCCACGUUUUACCUAGUGUAGAUCAAGAAAUUUGCCCCUGCGAAUUUUUUCGCGCGAAAAAACCUAAUUUUCCCCGAAAAUCUCAAUUCUCCCCUCAAAAUUGCAAGUUUCGAGCUGAAAAAGUGAAAAAUCACAAAUUUCCCUUCAAAAAUCCCCCAAUUUCCCUGUCAAAAACUCUGAAAAUUUUGCAGAUUCUUCUUCCGCUCAGAAUCCACGUCAUCGCCGUCACUAA